AACCCAGCCCACAAGUCUCCAAACAAAAUUGAAGGAAAAAAACUGAAUAUAUUGAAGAUUGAAAAGUUUACACCAAGAAAUUCCUCGGCCAAUUAGUGGAUUCCGAAUGUUCCAUCUAUCGAUUUUGUCUGCAUCACAUUCCAGAUAGAUUGUUAGUGGUUUAAGUUUCUUGUUCUGGGGUUUACUCCUGGUAAUAAUCAAAGUUAGUUCCUUUGUGUCUAUAAUCUAUAUAGACUUGUAGGUUAAUCACAUAUCCGAGCUUUUUCAUCUGCCAUCCAGAAACCACUAAAAAGAGUGAUGGGUGAGAGAAUUAUCUCCAGAGAAAAGGCAAAAUGGCUAAUACGUGAAUUGGUUGUCUAUCACGCAAAAGCUUUGGCUUAUCUAUAUUUGCUUGGCUAUUUUUUGCAUAUGUGCCUCAGUCCCAUUAAGUAAAGUGGAUGGGAAUUAAAUUUUAGGCUUACUUUUUAAGCAAACUCAUCUACCUUUUAUUCUUUGUUUUAUGGGGCGGUUGGUCAUCUACCCUUUUGAACUAUAAUGGGCAGUAGCUUACUUAUGGGGUGUUGUCUAUUACUCUCCUUUUAACUCAUGUAGUGGAUAUCAUCCUUAAACGAGACAAAAAGAUGCAAAGUUUUACAAAAGUCCAUUUCAGUUUCUUUCUUUUUGCCUUUGUUUAACUUCAUAAACUUGAGAAUGUAAGAUACAAGAUACAUCCAUAAGUAAAUUGUAGAAUCCUUUUGGGGCGAAACUGGCCAUUAGUUAUUGGUGGUUGUUGUUGCUCUUAGCAUGACAAUUUGUGGUGUAAUUCUUAUUAUCAUGAAUUUGUUUCUUUCAGACCAAAUAUUCCUUGAAAGGAUUUCCUUGCUAAGUUCUGCACAAUUACAGAUUCUGGGUACCUGCCGUUGCAUUUCCAGGACCCAGAUGGACUGAGCGCUCAGUUAUGGGGAGGGUAGAGAUGCAUGGAGUGUUGUUUUGGAGUUGGGCUCUGGCUAUGGAUGAGCAGGAGGCAAAAGAUUUCCAGUCAGCAAUACAUACAUGAUAGUAAGGUUAGGUUUCCUGGUUGCUGCUUCAAUUGCAGCUUUUGCUGUUAAGCAGCGCAGCAUCAAGGUUUCAAGGUCAUCUACAUCUUUAACCGAGCCUGCAGAAAAUGGUGAAGGAAGCUUGCAACAGCAUCAGCUUGAACAGGAAGAUAAAGAGCAGUUCACAUAUUCUGAUAAAUGUCUCAAAGAGAACGAUGGUAUGGAAGAAGAGGAGGAAGAAGAGGUGAAACUGAUCAGUAAUGUAUUCAACUGGGCUCAUGGUGAUGCACUUGAUACUGACGAUGACGAUAUGCUACCUGAAUUUGAAGGUCUUUUAUCUGGAGAAAUUGAAUAUCCCCUACCCAGUGAUAAGUUCAAUAAUUUGGAGAGAGAAAAAGUUUAUGAAACUGAGAUGGCUAACAAUGCAAGUGAACUGGAGAGAUUGCGCAACCUCGUAAAAGAAUUGGAGGAGAGAGAGGUGAAGCUUGAAGGUGAACUGCUCGAGUACUAUGGAUUGAAAGAACAGGAGUCUGACAUUGCUGAGUUGCAGAGGCAGCUCAAGAUCAAGACAGUUGAGAUUGACAUGCUGAAUAUUACCAUAAACUCCUUGCAGGCUGAGAGAAAGAAGCUUCAAGAAGAGAUUUCUCAGGGAGCAUCUGCCAUGAAGGAGCUGGAUUUGGCAAGGAAAAAGAUCAAGGAGCUUCAGAGGCAAAUUCAGCUUGAUGCUAAUCAGACAAAAGGCCAGCUAUUGUUGCUCAAACAACAAGUCUCAAGUCUGCAGGCGAAAGAAGAAGAAACCAUCAAGAAAGAUGCUGAGAUUGAAAAGAAGCUGAAGGCCGUGAAGGAGUUAGAGGUCGAAGUGGUGGAACUUAAAAGGAAAAAUAAAGAGCUUCAACAUGGAAAGAGGGAGUUGACUGUCAAACUGGAUGCUGCUGAAGCUAAAAUAGCAACCCUCUCAAGUAUGUCAGAGAGUGAAAUGGUUGCAAAUGCUAGAGAAGAGGUUAAUAAUUUAAGGCAUGCAAAUGAAGACCUGUUAAAGCAAGUGGAAGGACUUCAAAUGAACAGGUUCAGUGAAGUUGAAGAGCUAGUAUACCUUCGUUGGGUCAACGCAUGCUUGAGGUUUGAACUCCGGAACUACCAAACACCUGCAGGUAAAGUUUCAGCCCGUGAUCUCAACAAAAGUCUAAGCCCCAGAUCCCAAGAGAGGGCUAAACAGCUGAUGGUAGAGUAUGCAGGAUCAGAACGUGGGCAGGGAGACAUGGAUCUUGAAAGCAACUUCUCUCACCCAUCCUCUCCGGGAAGUGAGGAUUUUGACAAUGCUUCUAUUGAUAGUUCAACUAGCAGAUACAGUAGUCUCAGUAAGAAGCCUAGUUUGAUCCAAAAGCUGAAGAAAUGGGGCAGAAGCAAAGAUGAUUCCAGUGCCCUUUCUUCUCCAGCCAGAUCCUUUUCUGGAGCUUCUCCUGGCAGGACAAGCAUGAGCCAUAGACCUAGGGGUCCAUUAGAAGCCUUGAUGCUAAGGAAUACAGGUGAUACCGUAGCCAUCACUACUUUUGGGAUGAUGGAGCAAGAUCCAACUGAUUCUCCUGAAAUGCCAAAUCUUCCGCCUAUUAGGACAGAAGUUUCACCUGGUGAGUCGCUGAAUUCUGUUGCAUCAUCAUUCAAACUGAUGUCUAAAUCAGUUGAAGGUGUUCUUGAAGAAAAAUAUCCUGCAUACAAAGACCGGCAUAAGUUGGCAUUAGAGAGGGAGAAGCAGAUAAAAGGAAAGGCGGACCAAGCAAGAGCAGCAAGGUUUGGUGACAAUUCAAACUUUGAGUCUAGAGCAAAGCCAGACAGAGAGAAACCAAUAACUUUGCCACCAAAACUUGCACAGAUAAAAGAGAAGGCAGUUGUUUCUAGUGAUUCAGGCGACCAAUCUAGUGAUGGGAAGGCUGUUGAUUCUCAAUCGAUAAGCAAGAUGAAACUUGCCUACAUAGAGAAGAGGCCUCCUAGGGUCCCUAGGCCACCUCCAAAGGCAUCUGGAGGUGCUCCUGUAGGCACAAAUGCCAAUCCUUCAAGUGGCGUGCCACGUGCUCCACCCCUACCACCGCCACCACCACCACUUGGUGCUGGGCCACCCCGUCCACCUCCUCCUCCCGGAAGCCUGCUGAAAGGUGCAGGAAGUGGUGAUAAAGUUCACCGCUCUCCUGAACUUGUUGAAUUCUAUCAGUCACUAAUGAAACGUGAGGCAAAGAAGGAUGCACCAUCUUUGACUUCUUCAACAUCAAAUGUUCCAGACAUCAGGAGCAACAUGAUUGGGGAGAUUGAGAACAGAUCAUCAUUCCUCUUAGCCGUGAAAGCUGAUGUGGAAAGUCAAGGUGAUUUUGUCCAGUCAUUGGCUACUGAAGUUCGAUCUGCUUCCUUCACCAAUAUAGAUGAUCUAGUUGCUUUCGUAAGCUGGCUGGAUGAGGAACUUUCUUUCUUGGUCGAUGAAAGGGCAGUUCUAAAGCACUUUGAUUGGCCUGAAGGAAAGGCUGAUGCUUUAAGAGAGGCAGCUUUUGAAUAUCAGGAUUUGAUGCAACUGGAGAAACAAGUUUCCUCGUUUGUUGAUGAUCCCAAUCUCCCAUGUGAAGCUGCUUUGAAAAAGAUGUACAAAUUGCUUGAAAAAGUUGAACAGAGUGUCUAUGCACUUUUACGUACAAGAGAUAUGGCUGUUUCACGAUACCGGGAGUUUGGAAUCCCUGUUGAUUGGUUAUCAGAUUCAGGAGUAGUUGGCAAGAUCAAACUCUCAUCAGUACAAUUGGCAAGGAAGUACAUGAAACGUGUAGCAUCGGAGCUUGAUUCUCUGGAUGGGCAUGAAAAAGAACCCAACAGGGAAUUUUUGGUUUUGCAAGGAGUACGCUUUGCUUUCCGGGUUCACCAGUUCGCUGGAGGCUUUGACGCAGAAAGCAUGAAGGCCUUUGAAGAACUAAGGAGUCGAGUCGGCUCACAAACAGGAGAAGACAAUAAGCAGGAAGCAUGAAUAUUUUUUACACUUGCUGCAGAAUACAAUUGGGUAUUGCACCAGUGCAGUUCAGUUGUUGCUUCUGUGAAAAAUAGAGGAAAGGACUCAAAGGAGCUAUAUACACCUUAAAUUUCUGUACACACUAAAACCAUGCUUUUGUCUCUUUACUACUGGACAACAGUAGAGGACCUCAAAUUAAAUAAAAUACCAGUAAAAGAACGACCAA